GAGUUCUCUUGCUCGGCCUCCUCCCUAGUAUCGAGCCGCCAUGACAGUCGGCGAAAAUUCUAAGCGGCUGACUGUGAAUUAAUUAAUUUCGUACAAAUAAUAUUAUUGUGCUGAAGACUAGCCUGGAUUCUUAAUUCUAAUUCGAAGCCCGUCGGGCUACACCCGGCAAGAUGGCAAACAACUGGUGGAGAGAACCCGACAUGGGAGUGCUGAGUGCUCCGGUGACAUCUGGUGAGCCGCAGGGGUGCUCUGCCAUGCGUAUGUGGCGCAAUGCCUGCAACACAUUGGUCGCUCCCGAUGCUGAUGAUGCUUGGAAGCAGGUGGUGGAAGCUUCUCCUCCGGAGUCACUCUGGCACACACUCCGAAACUGUGUAGCGUACCAGGCGGGCGUGUGGCAGAACUUGCUCAACAAGGGCGUGGACGACGUCAUCCAGCCCGCCGCCUUCAAGCUGGCCAUCGUGCUCAGGCAUACUCCUUCCGAACUCACCGUCAAACUCCUGUCUGACUUGCUGAGACUGCAUCCACAGUCGCAAGAUUUGACGUCGUACAUCCUUGCGCUGCUGACGGACGACGAGGCGCAGUGGAGCGGCGGACACUGCAGUUCCACGUCCAACGGCUCCUCCCCUGAGGAGGAGGAGGAGGAGGAACGUUCCUCCACCAGCUCCGAUGGCGGGGACUCUGACGGCGCUGACCAGGGCCGCGACACCGACGGGCCCGACCCCGGGCACGACACGGACCUGGACGCCAACGAGGCCAGUGGCCCCGCCGACUCCGCGUCCGCGGCCGCACUGUCCAAGCCACACAUGCCGCCGCCUGACUCCACCACGCACUCCAGCGACAACCCCAACAUGCCGGACUCCACCACGGCCGACGAUCCCAUAGAAGUGGACGACUCUGGCGAGGGAGAGGACGACGGGGACGCGGAGGCGGAGGCUGAAGGAGACGAGGACGGGGAGGGAGACGACGAGGACGAGGACGGCGAGUCGGCGGACGAGGUGGAGCGCGUCCUGGUGCGCGGCGUGUCGCCGGCGGGUCCGGCCCCGCUGCGGGACCUGCAGCUCUUCGGCGACUGCGAGCUGGCCGUGCUGGCCGCCUCGCGCGAGGAGUACGACGCACACGCCAAGCUCGUGCGCGCCGAGUACUCCAAGCUCACCAACGACAACUACGUGCAGCUCCGGAUCAAGGUGCUGAACCAAUUUAGUCAAAUCCCGAAGCUGUUCCACUCUCCAGAAUUCGAAUGCUUCGAGUCUGCGGCUCGAGAGAACAUCGAGCGUGAGAUCAACACGCUGCAGGAACACUUGCUGGCCGGGACGAGAGAUUAGUAUUACACCUACCAGGAAGGUGACGUUCCUGAGGACAUGGAGAUCAGUAACAACUAAUUGUUUACUCAUACCAACAGCUUGGCUUGUUACCUGACCGCGCUAUUGCGCUGAGCUAGCAGACCUAUUUGCCAUGCUAUAUCAUUUCCAAAUGUCUUACAUGUAUCAGUAAACUAAACAUGCCACCUUCAUUGUGUUUAAAAAAUAUCAGAAACUAAUAUGGCAAUAGUCAUACAAGCUAAGCUCAUGUUAUCAAAAUUACUGGCUAGCGCGUCAUCAUGUAAUAAGUAAGAAAAUGUUUGAGUAAAUAAAUAAGUUGCUGCAGUACUUGGUAUGAUUCACAAGUACUAGCUCCCGUGUUCAAGGCGUCACAUUCCUGGCGAGUUUGAAGUCGCUCAAAUAUAACUUGUGUUACAUACAACACAAGUAAGCUUCCUGGCUCAGUGCGGGUUGCAACACAGUGAUUGUAAUGACAGAGACAUUCUCAGUGUAGUGCUAUUCCUUCAUAGAUUGGUGUCUGUUUAUUAGAUUUUAUUUGUAAUACAAGUGUGAGUAUACCUCGGCUUGUAGAGCUGCUGAUAUUCAACCUUCAUAGAUGUUACUGUACCUAUACAUGUACGCCGACAUUCCACGAUGAAUAACCAAUGCUUUCUACUGUUGAACAUGAUGUACCUACACUUAGUUGUAAUUGUAUAAAUAUUGUAUUUAGAUUUACAUACUGUCGCUACUGUCACUAUUGUAACAGCAGUAGUUAAAUUAUUGCUAUUUUAGAUAUUUAUAUAAAAUGACUGAACACUGAUUUUAUUUCGGGACAUUUAGACCAAAAUGUGUAUUUUAUUGUAAGAUUUAUUUGAUUAUUGUUUAGCAUAAAUUAUGUAAUUCUAGAUGUAAGUACCCUACAUACUGUGUACUAGGAAUCAUUUCGAAUGUUGCGCUUAUAUCAAGUAGUGAGUAGCUAGUUGUGUAGUAAGCAGGAUGUCUGCUAUUCAUUUUAUCAAUCCACUAGUAUUUAUGACAUGGUCAUCAUUUAAUAUUAAAGGAAAAUAAAUCAUAUUCAAUA